GCAUAGUUGAGCCACAUGGUGUUGCUUUUUGUCCCUCGUUCUGCUUGUAGGGCGCUUCCCGAAAUCCCCCAGGAUGGGCUCCAGAAACCCGGCGGCCCCCAAGGUGACGACCGACCCCCCAACUUUGGCGGCCAGGUUUGACCGCGUGCGGUUUGUCGGGGACAACCUGCCCGCCAAGCCGCCGGCCCGCACCGCCGCCGCGGCCAGUGCCAUCGCCGCGGCCGCCACCGCCGCCACCAAGGACGUUCCCAAGGUGAAGCGCGUGGGCGCCACCAGCCACACCUUAAAUGGCAACUGCACGGUCAUUGACCGGCUGCGUGCGGACUGCCCGCUCCUGGUGGUGGCGGUCGAGGUGAUGGACCGCUUCCACCCGCAGCUGGUCCCCUACGCCGGCGCAGUCAUCGGCAGCACCGCCAACACUACCGUGCUCGUGCCCACGAACUUGCGCAUCAACCGCCGUGCCUGCGACAAGCUCACCGCGAGCCCGCAGGUGCCGGCCGCCACCAGCGCCGCCGGCCCCGCCGUGCCCGCCCUGGUGUGCAGCAAUACCGAGUGCGGCCUGACCCUGGACCACAACAUGGAUGCCUGCGUCAUCGGCCGCCUGUACACUCCCGAGCACUCGGGCCUGUGCGCCGCCGCCAGCCAGGCCUUCGACUACGUGCCGGUCGCGGUGCCGACCGACCAGCUGGCCACGGUGUACGCCGCGGUGCCGCCGCCCACCACCUCCCUGGCCGCCGCCACCUUCGUCGCCCGCCUGCCCACGCUGCGCGGCCUCUUCACGCUGGCGGACAGCACCGUCACGGUCUUUGUGCACGCGCCCACAUGCGUGUAGUGCGCACCUUUGUGCUGGCUGGCUGGCCGUGCUGCUGAUGCUUGCGGCCUACCUGGGGCCACGUGUGUGCCGCCCAUGACCUGGCCGUGCUUGGGCAUCUUCGCACGGAAGGUGUACGGCAUGUCCUUCGCUUCUCCGGCUCUGCUGCGGGUGCAGUCGCCCGUUCGGUUGUUGGCCGACGCUGCGGGCCUUGCAAGUGCUGUCGGCAGCACGCUUCCCAUCGUCGCCACCUGUAUGUGCAUGGGUGGCCACACAGGCCUAUGCGUGCUUGGGUGCGCAUGCUCGCUGUGAGCCUAGACCUGGACGGGCCUGCUUCCUGGUCUGCGCUGCUCCUCUGCUUCCAGCCGCCUCCCCUGGGCCUCUCUGUAAGUCACUGCUGCU